ACACGGACAGUGAUGGAGUGAAGACAUGUUGAAGUUUACCUUCGAGUCUGGUUGAUGUAAUUCAGUAUCAUAUCCUAAUUUAGCACAAAUUGUAAGCAUACGAUUGAACAAGAGAGGCCGGUAAAACAUGCACAAUGAUUAUGCUGAUACGACGCUCACGAACACUUCCUGCCCCAUCUCAUAAUCCAGACCAAACUCACUCGGAAAGUGGAUACGUUUUUCCCGCUUGCUCUACUAGACCUCACCAUUUUCUCAAGUUCUUUUCAGCCAAACAAUUAGCUACAGGAAAUCAUUUCCAGAUCUAUCCAGCCUACCAUGUCUGAACCAGGUUCUGAUUGUGGUGUUCCAGCCCAGAGAAGCUCACAGCGGGGUCCAGAGUUGCUGUCAGUGAAGCUGGGGGACUGCAGUCAAACAGUGGAACUCAAUGUGAUUGUCAAGGAGGAGGGCGAGGAGAGAGAAAUCAAUGAGCGGGAGGAGGAAGAGAGAGAGGAGGACAGGGACUCUGUUGACUCAGCAGAGAGCCCAAUCCCAGACUCAGUCAACGAACCCAGUUCCACAGCAUCAAUACUACCUGGUUGUGGGAGUUACCCCUGUCCUCAAUGUGGAAAGUGUUUCAGUCGAGCAGGAGACCUGAAGACUCAUCAGAGGUCGCACAGUGGAGAGAAACCUGCCAGUAUUUUCAAUGUGAUUGUCAAAGAGGAGGAGGGUAACUGUACUCUCAAUGUGAUUGUCAAAGAGGAGGAGGAUGAGAAGGAAAAGAGAGGAGUUGAGGAAGAGAAGGAAACUAGUGGUGUAGUUGCCCCAGAUACAUCAAGACUUCGUGGUCGUUACCCCUGUCCUCAAUGUGGAAAGAGUUUCAGUUCCUCAGGUAAUCUAAAGAAUCACCAGAGAGUUCACACUGGAGAGAAAUCUUACCACUGCUCCCAAUGUGGAAAGGGUUUCGGUCGAGCAGGAGGCCUGAAGACUCAUCAGAGAUCGCACAGUGGAGAGAAGCCUGCCAGUACUUUCAAUGUGAUUGUCAAAGAGGAGGACGAUGAAAAGGAAAUCGAUGAGAAGGUAAAGAGCGAAGUUAAGGAAGAGCAGGAAACUAGUGGUGUAGUUGACCCAGAUACAUCAAGAUUACCUGGUCGUGGUCGUUUCCCCUGCCAUCAGUGUGGGAAGAGUUUUCGUUCCUCAGGUAAUCUAAAGAAUCAUCAAAGAGUACACACUCGAGAGAAACCAUUUCACUGUGUCACAUGUGGGAAGAGUUUCCGUGAAAAAUUCAAUCUCACGAGACAUAAGAAGGUACAUAGUGGGGAGAAGCCUUAUCACUGCACCCAGUGUGGAAAAAGCUUCAAUCGUUCUGGAAGUCUUAAGGAACAUCAAAGAGUACAUACAGGGGAGAAGCCUUACCACUGCUCUCUUUGUCGGAAGAGUUUUAGUCAGCCAGGAAACCUUAAGAAACACCAGAGAAUACAUACAGGGGAGAAGCCUUACCAUUGCUCUCUGUGUGGAAAUAGUUUUUGUUUCGCUGGAAACCUAAAGAAUCAUCUGAGAUCACACUGUGGAAAGAAGCCUUACCACUGCUCUCAGUGUGGGGAGGGAUUCCCUCAACUAAAAAGUCUUAAAAGCCAUCAGAAAAUGCAUAUUGGAGAGACGCCUCCCUCUACUUUCAAUGUGAUUGUCAAAGAGGAGGAUGGUGACUGUACUUUCAAUAUGAUUGUCAAAGAGGAGGAGGAUGGGAAGAAAAUUGAUGAGAAGGAAAUGAGAGAAGUUGAAGAGGAGGACAAUAGUGGUGUAGUUGACCCAGAUACAUCAAGACUGCCUGAUCGUGGUCGUUACCCCUGUCCUCAAUGUGGAAAGAGUUUCACUUCCUCAAGUAAUCUUAAGAAUCAUCAAAGAGUACACACUGGAGAGAAACCUUUCCUCUGCUCACAAUGUGGGAAGAGUUUCAGUGAAAAAGUAAAUCUUAAGAGACACGAAAGAGUACAUAGUGGAGAGAAGCCUUACCACUGCACCACAUGUGGGAAGAGCUUCAAUCAUUCAGGAAGCCUUAGAGAUCAUCAGAGAAUUCAUACAGGGGAGAAACCUUACCACUGCUCACUGUGCGGAAAUAAUUUCCGUUUUGCUGGAGACCUAAAGAAUCAUCAGAGAUCACACAGUGGAGAGAAGCCUUAUCACUGCUCUCGGUGUGGAGAGGGAUUCACUCAGCUAAGAAGUCUAAAAAGUCAUGAGAGAAUAUCCAUUGGAGGUAAGCCUUCCUGUGUUUUCAAUGUGAUUGUCCAAGAAGAGAAAUAAGUUGAGGGAGAGGAGCGUGAUGUGAAAUAAAGGUGAAGUGAGGAUACAUGAGCAACUCUAUAAGUAUUGAAAUUCACACCUAUCCUUGCAAUGGUGUCUUUUGUGACAACAUGGUCAUGGACAGCACCAUUUAGGGCUAUCUUCGUCUUCUUUUACUUCUUUGACUGUAUUGGAAGUUCACAAAUUAACUCAACUUGAAUACCAUCACCACUACCACCACCUAAUGUGCUGGAGAGUGUAUUAAUCUGACCUUUAUUUUGACAGGGAGUCGAUGCUGAGACCAAGGUCUCUUUUCCAGAUGAGGCCUGUAUAGCACCACAAUACACAUUAAUACACAAUUAACACAUUCAACUACCCGUUCAUAAACACAAUAUACAAGGUGUUAUACACAACAAUACACGAAAAGUGAAAUGCAAUCAUAAAAAAAACAGACACAUUCUUUAGUAACAAGGUCCCUAACAACCGUCUGAAAGGCCCUAGAGGCACCAAUUCCUCCAAUUUUAAAGUGCAUUGUAGAUCAUUCGACACACGCAAGGCACAAGGGAACCAGUGAACGGGUUUGAUAACUUAUCAUUUAGAGGCACCUGCUCUUUUAUUAAUAGUAUCACCAUAAUUGAGAACCGGUAGAAAGGUUGACUACACAAUCUGCUUCCUGCUGACUAGAGAGAGACUAGAUCAGUUUCUGUAAAAAAAAAAAUAACACUUCAAAUCUUAGUUUCUUAACAAGCUCAGUCGUAUGUUAAAAAAAAAAAAAUGUUAACGCUAUAUCACACCAAGGUCUUUGUAUGCUGGGACUCGUUCAAUUUAUAAAACCAUCCGAUGAGUGAGGGAAGAUGUAAUCCAACUGAGACAAUUAAGUAUGAGUUUUAAAAAUCAGUAAGGGCUUUCCUGCACAACUGUAAAAUCCGACUGUAGCCUUGUCACAGCCAGGUCAGCAGUCGGGGUAAUUCCGUAACGUAAUAGCAUCGUCCGUAUUUAGAUGAGAUCGAGACAAGAUCAUUAACAACUAUAGUGGUUGCUGUAGUAGUGCUAUAUACAAAUUUGUUUACGUCCCUGUUAUUGAGCAUUUUCCCUUUGCCAAGAUAAUCCAUCCACCUGACCGGUGUGUCAUAUCAAGAAGCUGAUUAAUAGCAUGAUCAUUGACAAACCUUAGUCUAGUCAUGGUAAAAACAUGACGUCUGGCCUCCCGAGUGGCACAGUGGUCUAAGGCACUGCAUCACAGUGUUGCGGCGUCAUAAUGACCUACUGGUACUCACUCAUUGGUUGAUGAUGUCAUCACAUAUGUUGAUGUUGGGGUGGUGCUUUAGAUGAUGAAUAUGUAGUAGAAUGUUUUUUUAAAUAUAUUUUUAUUUCCUGUUAAAGUAACAUAUGUACAUGACUAACAUGUAAAACAGUAGCAUAGUCUAUAGAGGCCUGUAUACUGGGGGCUGAGUCUGUAUAUAGUAUAUACUGGGGGCUGAGUCUAUAUAUAGUAUAUACUGGGGGCUGAGUCUAUAUAGUAUAAACUGGGGGCUGAGUCUAUAUAGUAUAUACUGGGGGCUGAGUCUAUAUAUAUUAUAUACUGGUAUAUACUGGAGCUGAAUUUCCAAAAUGGUGCACUAUUCCCUCUGUAGUGCACUAAAUUUGACCAUGGGCCCUAUUCUGUAGUGCACUACAUUUGACCAUGGGCCCUAUUCUGUAGUGCACUACAUUUGACCAUGGGCCCUAUCCUGUAGUGCACUACAUUUGACCAUGGGUGCUAUUCUGUAGUGCACUACAAUUGUCCAUGGGCCCUAUUCUAUAGUGCACUACAUUUGUCCAUGGGCCCUAUGGGCUAUUCUAUUGAAUACAAAUUAAGUCCAUAGACUCCAGUAGAAUUCAGUUGUGGAUAUGUUUUAUACAUGAUUAAACUCAGUAGAAGGGCUGGUUUGUAUUGACAUCAAGUCUAUUGUUAUGUCAUGAUCUGGAUGGAAAUGGUGUUAUUUAGAAUAUUGUUCUGUUCCGGAACAGUAUAGAUCCCUUUUGUUGUCAGUUCUGGUUCUGUUCCUUGAAAUUCCGUUUUUCUUUUCUGUUCCCUGAACUGGUUCCAACUCCUUGUUUAGAAUAUUGUAACGUAUCCAUUAAUUAAAUAAUAAAUUCUAAGAAACUAAUCUUCUUCAUUGAAGGUGGAUGAUGUUGGUAGAUUGUCUUUAUCCAUGAAAAGUCUGUAUUGUAUCAUGGUGGUGAUAAAUCACAAGAAUAAAACAUGCCAUACACUCA